GCACAAUCCGAACUUUGAAUCAUCUGAUGAUUUUUUUCCCCCAGUUCUGGCCUUGAGCGCGCAUUAUUACUUUAAUAACAUUUCAUUCCCUUUAAAUGGCAGUGUGGUUGAAGGAUGCCCUUGUUAUCCUUCAGUUUUCAGUACAAUCAGAUCAGUGUCUACAUUUACGUUAUCGCUGUGCAAUUAUUUUUAUCAUCAUGACAAAGCACAGCUCGGUUGCCCUAGUGCCCCAGUUUCUUGCCACACCCCCUGGGGCCUUAUGUGUGUGUUUGUGUGUGUGUGUCCCAGCUCUUUGUCCCUUCCAUCUCUCUGGGUGAUGAGGGAUUAUGUCACCUCGUGUUGUGACUUCCCCCCGCGGUUCAUUGGCUUUCAGGCAUCUCCCGGGCAACGAGACCAAACCGAAGAGGCUGAUCUGUUUCCUUACAGCAGAGAUCAGCUCCCUCAUUGGCUAGGAGCGUUGCCUAUAGCAACGGGAAGACGCUGAUCAGAGCUGCUUUUGUGGCAGGCGAGCAUCCUCGAGGCCUCUGAGCGAGCCGGGGAAUUUCCUGGCCUGGCAAAGCUGCCACCGGAGCCAUGUCUCAGCCUGCUGUGCUUCUCACCCAGGAGCCUGCUCCGCAGAGCAUCCCUGUUUCUGAGCUGCCCAUGAAGGUUUACGAGCCGGCUCUGAACACCGGUCCCGAUUCAUCGAGCGGUUUGGCUACAGCUGGCUUCCGCACCGCCAAGUUCCUGCCUGAAGAAUGGCACCAGAACAACUACAUCCGAUACCACGAGGCCUUUGCUGACCGCGACCAUUCUGAGCGCUGCCGCCAUGAGUCCCAGAACCUGGCCAAUUACACGGCUGAGUUGGCCCAGCGCACCCAGGAGGACUCUACGGCUAAAGUGGGUCAGAGGCUCCAGGACAUCCACUUCUGGAAGUCGGAGCUUCAGAGGGAGAUUGAGGACCUGGUGGCUGAGACUGACCAGCUGGCAGCUCAGAAGCUGCGGCUGGAGCGAGCCAUUGAUGCCACGGAGGUCCCCUACAGCAUCGCCACGGACAACCUGCAAUGCCGGGAACGCCGGCAGCAUCCUGACCUGGUGAGGGACCAGGUGGAGGUAGAGCUGCUCAAGGAGACCGAGCUCAUCCGAAAUAUCCAAGAGCUCCUGAAAAGAACAGUGAAGCAAGCUGUUAACCAGAUGCAGUAAGGCCUCUAUUCAGUAUUUGGUCAUGACCAACUUCUAAGGUUUGGGGGGGGGGGGGGGCGACAUGAGUGUCGGCUUUCUCAAAUGAAGUGCAUGUAACUCAUUCUUCCCCAUCUUGGCCUACCUGGUUCCCAACCUCUUUGCACAACUAAACAAGACUGUGUCUGAUUUUGUCUGGAUGACAUUCUAGUCCUGCCAUGCAUUGCCAAGUUCUUGUUUAAAAAGAUGUGGUUAAAAAUGCAGGUCAUCUUAACUUAAAAUCAAAAUUAGGAUUGGAACUUCCAUCACUAAGUAAGAUGGUCGUUACUUUUGCAACCUUUUUUUGCAGCAGUCUUUAAGUAAAUGAUCACGGGUGUUAGCACUUAGACUUAUAUACCACUUCACAGUGCUUUACAGCCCUCUCUAAGCGUUUUACAGAGUCAGCACAUUGCCCCCAACAAUCUGGAUCCUCAUUUUAUCCACCUUGGAAGGAUGGAAAGCUUGAGCUGGUCAGGAUCAGGAUCAAACUGCUGGCUGUGGGCAGAGUUCGCCUGCAAUACUGUAUUCUAACCAUUGGGAGGGAAGGAAGAAAGGAAGGAAGGAAGG